AUGAGAAACGGAAAUGCUGCCGCAAUACCUCAUUCUGUGAAUUGCUUGGAGACCGCCGCUUUACUACAUUUUUUUGUGAGCGACACAGCUGUCCAUUCUAGCUCUAUCUAUCAAUAUAUUGUUACUUACACAAUGGCAGAAGACUCGCCUAUAUAUACACCCUUCUUUGGUGUAAUGGGUGCCACCUCGGCAAUGGUAUUCAGUGCUCUGGGGGCAGCCUAUGGCACUGCUAAAUCUGGUACAGGCAUUGCAGCUAUGUCUGUGAUGCGUCCAGAACUGAUCAUGAAGUCCAUCAUUCCAGUUGUCAUGGCUGGUAUUAUUGCUAUCUAUGGAUUGGUUGUGGCAGUCCUCAUUGCUAACAAUAUCAAAACGCAGUAUACUUUAUUCAAGAGUUUUGUUCACCUGGGUGCUGGUUUAAGUGUCGGCUUGAGUGGGUUAGCUGCUGGCUUUGCCAUAGGCAUUGUGGGCGAUGCUGGUGUGCGAGGAACAGCUCAGCAACCGAGAUUCAAUACAGGUGUACAGUCUGAAUGUUGUCAUGACCCUUUACUUCUACUUUCCUCCCCUCUGUACACAUUAAAAAAAAAAAAAAAAGCCCCUAAAGCAAGUUUGAAAGUUUGGGAAACAUUUGCAGAUAAGAAAAGACACUGA